AUGUUCAGAGAACGAGAAAAGGCAAACCAGAACCUCGAAGCCGAUCUUCCCAAUCCUUAUCCUCCGCGUGCCAUCUACGGUUUAGCUUGUUGUUUUGCUGGUUUUAUACUUUAUUCUGUGUAUUUUUGCUGGGCCUACGUUCCGGACUAUCUGUUACAGUACACCGGCUUCACUUAUCUUCCGGCAAAGUACUGGGCUGUGGCGUUACCUUUUGCUUUUGUGUGUUUGGUGUUCUUGUACCCAUUGUUGCUGUUCUUGUGGACAGCAUACCACUCGAUUGGGUUGUACGAGAGAGGAUCUACCGUGGACAACGACUUUAGAGACUAA